ACCAUGCGUCCCCUCUCGCCGGUCCUCGCCUCCCUGGCGAACGUCUUCCGCAUUCCCAUCUCCCAGACCCCGGCACGCCCCGCCAUCGCUCGCAUCGGCCAUGACUCCCUCGUCAACAAACCCAUUACGUCGGCCGUGCAGCCCAUGGCCGCCCGGUCGUUCUCGACGACGAACGCCCUGCUGAAGCGUGGGAAGGGUCCUGGCGGUGGCGACAAGCGAGUCACCCUCAUCCGCUACUUCCUCUGGCACCCGCUCACGCCCCGCCCCCUCCGCUUCUCCCGAACCCGGUACCUGCGACACUGGACGAUCCACCGCGCCUGGCAACUGUACCAGGGGCAGCAGCGCCGGGCGCACCAGCUGGAGCUGCAGCGCCAGUACCAGGCGAUGGGGGCGGCGUGCGAGGAGCUGCGCACGGGCGCCGGCGACGGCGGCCGCCUCUUCCGCAAGAGCAUGAUCAAGACCGGCGUCUUUCGCGACAUGUUCCCCAUCGAGUAUGGCCGGUUGCAGACGGAGGCGCCGUCCAAGGAGGGGUGGAAUCAUGAGUGGAAGAGGAUGGAGAAGAGGUAAUCAGAACAGGUUUGGAGAGAGGGAGGGAUGUUAAGCGGGAUUGGAAAUAUGGGAUUAUACAAAUACGUCCUAUCGUGGGGAUUUGGUUUGAGGUUGGGAUUUAAUGUCCUGUGGUUAGGUUGUUGGGACAUCUGUGUCCUUUAUUUUUAAGAUUUGUUUACAUAUGCCAUGUACUGUACAUUAUCAAAAGAUCUGGUCUGAUUUUCG